AUGCUCGCCUUUAAUUGGAAGACCAAGGCAUCGUCAAUUAUGAUUCCAGAGGUAGACCUAGAUCUACAGGUAGACCUAAUCGUCGAGUUUGGAAGGUUCAUGGCUGAUCGAGGUGAAGUUGUCUUCUGCCAUGAUUACCAGAACGGAGCUUGUCGGCGUCCCGCAUGCAAGUUCUUCCACGUAACAAAAGAGGAAGAAGAAGCAUAUCGUCUCAGCGGUUCCUUGCCGUCGAACUUGUCCUCUUCACACUCUGCAGAGAAGUCAUCCGAGUUAAAAGUUCCGCUUUGCAAGGACUACCUUAAUCACAACUGUCAUCGGGGUGCAACUUGCAAAUUUCGCCACUUAAAUGUGCAGCCGGCGGAUCAACCCCCUCCAGCAUCGGUGCCCCCACCACCACCACCACCCCCACCACCACCGCCCCAUGUCUCGGUGACUUCUCAAAAUUUUGCCUACCUUGACUUUCCGUUGACAACGCAGUCACCCCCCAUAAAUGGUCAUGUAUACCUGCCCCAGACCGUCAACUACACCGUACGGACCAGUCAGCCUUGCUCCGCAGCCUGUUCUGUGACUUCAACCCUACCAUCUACUGUCAGUACUUCGACUUUCCUUCUACCCUCUCAGCAGUCCUACAGUUAUGCACAACUGCCUGUUUCAGCCGUACCCUCAGACAUUAUCACCUCUUCGGUGUCCUCAGACAUCCUUCUUCCCAUCUCUCAGACGGUCAUCGUCGCUCCCUCCGUAAUUGGACAUGUUGGCAGUCAGGGAGAAUUCACACAACCACAACAUCAUCACCACCAUCAACAGCAUCAGUCAAUUCUGUCUGCACCUCACACUGCUUUCAGCGUCCUGCAAAAACAACAGCCUUCACAACAACCUCAAGUUCACCCACCAAACGGUCUUCAUUUAACUUCACAGGCCACCCAGCUUGGCACCGUACAGACUAUCACUCUAGCGUCCGAUCCCCACAAGGCCUUCACUCAGCAUCUCUAUGCGCAAAUUCCUGCGGUGGCAAAUCCCACCUCCUGCUCCGCCGUCACUGCACAUCACUUGACUGUCCGUUCCGCG